CGUCUCUAGUCGGAGUGUUUGUGAGGCGGCGGUGCGUCAGUGACGAGUGUCCCCUCCGGUGCGUCAGUAACGAGUGUCCCCUCCGGUGAGUGCGGAUGUGCCGGUUACGCGGUUAUUGUUCCGGAUAGAGACUCAACCUGGAGUCGCGGAGGGGUCGGCGGAUCGUCCAGUUCUCUCGGGAGAAGCUGCAGCAGCGGAGGGACAAGAUGUUCUCUAAGAUCUCGUCUAUUUUACAUCAGGCGGUGGAGGCGCUCGCGCCCUCCCUGCCCCUACAAGAAGACUUUGUCUAUCACUGGAAAGCCAUCACCCAUUACUACAUCGAGACGUCUGAUGACAAGGCCCCAGUGACGGAUACGAAUGUCCCCUCUCACCUGGAGCAGAUGCUGGAGAUUCUGGUGCAGGAGGAGAAUGAGAGGGAGUCGGGGGAGACGGGACCCUGCAUGGAGUAUUUGUUGCACCACAAGGUCCUAGAGACCCUCUACACCCUGGGGAAAGCCGACUGCCCCCCAGGAAUGAAGCAGCAAGUUCUGGUUUUUUAUACAAAACUUCUGGGAAGGAUCCGGCAGCCUCUUCUUCCUCACAUCAACGUGCACAGACCCGUACAGAAACUGAUCCGACUCUGCGGCGAAGUCUUGGCCAAUCCGACGGAAAACGAAGAAAUCCAGUUCCUGUGCAUCGUAUGCGCCAAGUUAAAGCAAGACCCGUAUUUGGUCAACUUCUUCCUGGAGAACAAGUCCAAGGCGCCUCAGUCUGGGGGUUACAGUGUCCCGGGGGGCAGUGCCCAACAAGAGCCGCUGAAUGACACGGGGCAGCUGGAGAGAAGCGUCGGAGCCAACGCAGAGCCUGGAAAUGAUCCCAAAUCCCCGUCAGGUGACCUGAAACCUUCCGCAUCAUCAGAAGCGUCGGCCAAUCACAUCCAGCAGGAUUACAAUCUGGUGAACUCCUUGUUAAACCUCACAAAAAGUCCGGACGGCCGGAUUGCAGUGAAGGCCUGUGAGGGGCUCAUGUUGUUGGUGAGUUUACCUGAGGUGGCAGCCGCCAAGUGCCUAACGCAAAGCACCUCCCUGUGCCAACUCCUCACCGACCGACUCACCUCCCUGUACCAGGCUCUGCCGCACUCCAUCGACCCUCUGGAUAUUGAAACAGUGGAGGGCAUCAACUGGGGGCUGGACUCGUACAGUGUUAAGGAAGAUGCCUCAGCGUUUCCCGGGAAAAGAGCCCUCAUUUCCUUCCUGUCCUGGUUCGACUAUUGUGAUCAGCUGAUCAAAGAAGCGCACAGGAUCGCUGCCUCCGCUAUGGCCAGAAGUGUGCGGGAGAAAUUCCUGGUUGGCGUCAUGGAACCCCAACUCAUGCAGACGUCUGAGAUCGGAAUUCUAACGGCUACAGCUCUGCUCCACCGCAUUGUCCGGCAGGUCACAUCCGAAUCCCUUCUGGAACAGAUCGUCUAUUUCAUUCUGGGGGAACACAGGGACCCCGAAAUACUACGGGACGUCCACAAGAUCCCACUGCGCCACCGCCUCAUUGAGCACUGCAAUCACAUCUCAGACGAGAUCAGCAUCAUGACCCUGCGGCUAUUUGAGCACCUCCUCCACAAGCCCAACGAGCACAUUCUGUACAAUCUGGUUCUGCGCAACCUGGAGGAACGGAAUUACACCGAGUACAAACCCCCGUGCCCUGAAGAUAAAGACAUUGUGGAGAAUGGACAGAUCCCGGGGGCAGUAGAUUUGGAAGAAGAUCCCAUUUUUACAGGCAUGUCCCUCGAAAACACGUUCUCCAAAGAAUGGCUCAGCGCCUCGCCCCCCAUUACCCCCGAGCACCACAGGACUGACGGCAAGACAGAAGUGCACAAGAUCGUAAACAGCUUUCUCUGCUUGGUCCCCGAUGAGGCGAAAUCUUCAUACCAGGUGGAGGGCACAGGAUACGACACUUACCUCAGAGAUGCCCACAGGCAGUUCCGGGAAUACUGUGCAAUCUGCCUGCGCUGGGAUUGGCCGGGAGCUGCCAAAGCGAUUGACAAGUGCAAUUUGGAGGCGCCUUUCUUUGAGGGCCACUUCCUGAAGGUUCUGUUUGACAGGAUGGGCAGAAUCCUUGAUCAGCCCUAUGAUGUGAAUUUACAAGUAACGUCGGUGCUGUCCAAGCUCUCACUGUUCCCCCAUCCGCACGUCCACGAGUUUUUGUUGGACCCCUACGUCAACCUGGCGCCCGGAUGUCGCUCUCUGUUCUCUGUUAUAGUCAGGGUAGUUGGAGACCUCAUGGUGAGAAUCCAGCGGAUCCCAGAGUUCACCCCAAAACUCCUUCUUGUGAGAAAGCGAUUGUUGGGCCUUGAACCCGACGGGCCGAUGGUGGAUCACAUGACGCUGUUGGAAGGGGUGAUUGUAUUGGAAGAAUUCUGUAAGGAACUGGCGGCCAUCGCUUUUGUCAAAUAUCACAGCUCCAGCACCCCAUAGCGCCCCCUGGCUUUGGAUUUUAUAUACCGCGAGACCAAAUUUUACUUUUCCGUUUCUUUUAUCUGAAUUUUUUUUUUUUUGUGCAGCAAAACAUUUGGGGUCACUGACGCCAUUUUGGAUGGAAAGGGAAGCUUGAUGUAUAUCUGUAGUGAUCUGAUUCCAUGGGGCAGGUAAAUUCAUCAGCUCGCGCAGAAGGGACGUCAGGAAAAUACGCUUAAUUAAAGGGGAAGCGCCGGAUUCUUUGGUUACGUUAAGUGUUUUUAAAAACUUUUAAGCUACCGGGUCGUUGCUUUGUCACCCAAUCAGCAGACUCGGAUUUUACUGUGGGCUUUUUUUUUUUAAAUUGCUUUUAAUGAAAGUAUAAAAGUUUACGGAACACAUUUCCCUUCGUUGGGACCCCCUUUAACCCCAUCACUGCCAAGAAGACUUUUACAAAGAGACAGAAGUUCCUGUAUAACCUGCCGACUGACACGGAAAGAAAAGACCAAUUGCAGAACGUUGAGCAGCUUAGUGCCCCUGAGUUGCUCUAGGACAUUAUAUCAGUCAUUGUCACUUUUAUUUGAGUAUUAUUAUAGGGAUGCACCGAAUCCACUUUUUUGGAUUCGACCGAACCCCCGAAUCCUUUGUGAAAGAUUCGGCCGAAUACCAAACCGAAUCUGAACCCUAAUUUGCGUAUGCAUAUUAGAGGGGAGAAGGGGAAAACAUUUUUUACUUCCUUGUUUUCUGACAAAAAGUCACACAAUUUCCUUCCCUGUCCCUAAUUUGCAUAUGCAAAUUAGGAUUCGGUUCGACUGGGCAGAAGGAUUCGGCCGAAUACUGCUGAAAAAGGUCGAAUCCUGAACCGAAUCCUGGAUUUGUUGUAUCCCUAUAUUGUUAUCUUAUGUUCUGGAUAUGCUGCUAUUUGGUUGGAGCACCACUUAGUAGGUUUAAGGCUAAAAUCUUAUCAGUUUGUUUCAGAAAUCGCUAUUCUCAUCCACUGGAAGGAAUAUCUUCACUUUCUGCCCCAUGUCCCAUCUUUGUUCUAUUCUGAGACCUGCCCCAUCACUCACAUUGACCUCGUAAAAUCUCUGAAACAUUUGCUUUAUGGCAUAAGUGUUAAAGUUGCCCAGAUUCAGCUCGUCUCACCUUAAAGGGGUUGUUCACCUUUAAAUUAACUGUUAGUAUGACGUAGAGAGGGAUAUUCUGAGACAAUUUGCAAUUGGUUUU